AUGGUUGCAGAGGAGAUCUUUGAAUCAUGCUUGCCUGUUCUCAACGAUGCUGAUAUUGACGAGGAGGAAAAGGCAGAAAGACUAGAAGAGUUUCUGCGCGACAAGGCUCAGUUAGAGGGAACAGCUCUAGAGAAUGCUGUGCUGGAUGUCCUCUGGCGCCAUCGCAACUCCCUGAAGGGCGGCGCCUCGCCUCCCCCGCUUCGACAUACUGUCAUCCGCCGCUCUUCGCCUGCAUCGUGGCAGCUCACUCACUCAUCGACUCCCAUAUCUUCCCCGUCUACCAGUACCGCUGCCCUCUCCGGCUUUCCCGUUCCGCGUGGUGGCUUUCCCCGUACCCCUCGGUCCUUGACGGCAUCCCCCUUUACGUCCCCUCGCCCCUCACCUCGCCUUGCGUUCGUUCAGCCAAUUCCCCACAGCCCCAGCCUCAAUGCAUACGAAUUUGCUGAAAAAACAUCAAUACCGGAAUAUGGUGACCUAGGGAGUGAUAAUGUAGAUUGGCUGGUGAACGAAGAUGCCAAGAGCACUGUGUCGUCUACCGCCCUGAGCGGCGCUGCUCCGGAGUGGGUAGCCCCAAAUGAUAUGAGUCCAUAUGAUAUAUUACGAUCUGUUUUGGGCGACAGGAAUUCAAACGAUGACAUUGAGGCGGCGCUGGUGGCCAACGGUUACGAUCUUGGCGCGACGAUAGCUGCUUUGACCGAAAAGGACGCUGUGAACAAUACUGCAACCUCGAGCAAUGAAGGCAGAAUUCUGGUUGGGAAGUCCAUGGCUAUGGAACUUUCACGUCCUUCGACGCCGUCAAAUCAAACCCGGAGCCCGAUUGUUUGCAAAUACUGGUUAUCCACCGGCCAAUGUCUUCGCGCGGACUGUCGCUUCAGUCACGAUUUGACAAAUCAUAUCUGCAAAUACUGGCUGGUGGGCAAUUGCCUUGCUGGAGAUGCCUGCCCUUUUUCCCAUGACCCCUCCGCGUUGGUCGGAUGCCUCAACUUUGGGGUGAAUGCUAACACAACCUUUGGCUCUUCGGCGACACAGUCCCAGCAAAUGCUACAUCCGCACGACAACUAUGAGGCUUUCCCAGCUUUGCAGCAAGCGAUCGGUGAUCAGUGGCCUACAUUCUACCCUCAAAAGCCUUCAGCUCAGUUUAUGCCUAGCUCCAAUCCACACCACCGCGGAGUUUCUCCUUCUAAUGUUCGAAAUAGAAAUAGCCUGCUAGGUCAAUCUUCACGACCCCAUUCACGACCAACUAGUCGACAUCAACAGCGCGAUUCCGCCGGAUCUGCACUGUCCGUUGAUGACCCGGAGAUGUUUCCCACCCUCUCAUCACUGAAUCCAAAGGCCUCGGGCAAAAAGCACCAUGGAAAACGUGGUGGACAUAACCUCACCCGGGACGGAAAUGUUAAUAAGGAGGCCUCACAAAACUCUAUCGCUGACGUAGUUCGAAUGUCACCCUCCUCAAACCAACGCAAGGGUACACCCAAGGCCAUACGUCCUGUCAAUGAUAAUAACGAGAGUGUCGGUGCUUCUCCUUCAAUACCUACACCCCAACAUUUGCCGUGGCUUGAAACAGGCCCUCGUACUAAUCAACUAUAUGUCAAAUGUCGUGUGGAUGCGAUCACACAUGGUAAUGUCAGAAAUAAGUUUCUUCAAAGUGCUGCUCAAGCAUGGAACCGUAACGACGCAAGGGCUGCAAAGGCUUUGUCCCUUCGUGGCCAGGCUGAGAAUGAGGCGAUGCGCCGUUGUUACCGUGAAGCUGCGCGUCACCUUUAUGACUCUGGCAUUAAAGAAUUAGAAUCCAAUCCUGACCAUGAACUAUACGUUGAUCUACAUGGAUUCCAUCCCGGCGAGGCAAUUGAGCACCUAGAAAAUACCCUUAAAGAAAAUGCGAAGGUGAACCGAAAACUUCUCUAUGCCAUUACGGGUACUGGUCACCACAGCAAAAAUGGAAAGGACAAGAUCGGAAAAGCUGUAAAGAAUUGGCUUACAGACUGGCAAUACGUAUUUUGUGAGUUCAACGUGCCGAGCGAGCGUGGUGGGUACAUCGGAGGAGUGCUUGGUAUAGAUCCCACGAGCAGCGACCGGAGCAAAAGGCUUUCAAAGAUGAAUGGAAAAGAUUUAAAUGAGGAUAAAAAAGCCCUUCAGGAUGUUAAGGACAGCCUCGAUGCUGGAUGCUCCACGAUGGCCCCUAAGAUGGGCAAAAUACAACUUUUGAAAAGGGAAGAACCCGAAAAGAGAUAG